UCCAGUUUCCACCAUCAGACGCGCAACACUAUAAUCACUCGGACGCCUUGUGUUUGUUAACUGAAUACAAUAUUGUUUUUAAAUACAUUCAAAACAAAUUCGAUCUUGAUAUUCGAAAUCGAGGUUCGAAAGUGCGGGCGGGCUUUAAGUUAAAGAAAAGUUCGUUCUCCAGAGCUUUCGGUUCAGUGUUUUCAUCGAUAUUAGUACAAUGUAGUGGAACUUGUGUUUCGCAGCUCUGUAUAUUGUCUUGUGUUGAGAUAUGUUGUGAAGAUGCACGUUAAUUAUAUAUUAACAUUUCUCUUCGCCUGGAACUUAACGAUUUUGACCAGCAGCCAGUUCGUUGGUUUUGUGCCGUCAAAUAUAGUUGAGAAUCAGCCGCCAAUCACAAAUAGGCCCGUCACAUAUUCGCCUGACCCUGUCGAUGGCUUUCAAGAAGAUGAACCGACGUUGGAGAUAGGUCCUGAUGAAGACGACAUGACUUCGGUGGAGAAGAGGAGAUACUUUGAAAUUGCUGAGCGAAUGUGCGAUAAAUACAAAUCGUUGAACACAAAAAAGAUAGUGGCCAUCCCGCUGCUUCCGUCGGCGCAUGGCGUCGAAGUAAAUGUCUCGGAUUGUACACCCAUCAAAAUACCGCUUAUCAUCGGAGGGCAGGUCGCUACGAUCGAGGAGUUCCCGCACAUGGCCCUAAUAGGAUGGAAGAAUGCACAGGACUAUGGAUAUUCUUGGAAGUGCGGGGGGUCGCUCAUCAGCGACGAAUACGUCCUGACUGCCGGUCAUUGCACGUACCAGGAAAAGGAUUACAGCGUCAUCAGCGGAACACCCCGCGCGGUUCAACUCGGGUCGGCGCGCCGGGACGACCGCCGCGCGUUGAUCCUCGGCAUCUCCACCGUCAUUCGACACCCGAAGUACAAACGGAGGAGGUCCUACUACGACUUGGCUCUUGUUAAGCUGGUCUCCAAAGUGAGAUUCUCGGACCAGAUCAGGCCGGCUUGUCUAGGAGUUCCACCGGCAGAAGGGGAGAGAGUCGUCGUCAGCGGUUGGGGACGAACCGAAUUUGGUGGAGACGCAUCCGCGGACCUUCGGAGCGUCUCCGUUGAAAUCUGGAAUAUGCAAGAGUGCAGGGAGACAUGGGGCACCUCGUUGAAGCUGCCAAACGGACCCACGCCUGAUAGCCACGUCUGCGCUGGUGAGAGGAAAGGGGGCAAGGACACAUGUCAGGGGGACUCCGGGGGGCCAGCCCAGGUGGAAGACGGCUGCGUGUGGCGCGUCGUGGCUGUCACCUCGAUCGGGAGGUCCUGCGCCGCUCCGCAGACUCCAGCGCUAUACUCCAGAUUACAAAUACCGUUUAUAAUCGCACAAAUAUUCGGCAACCAGCCGUCGUAUAAUCAAAACGAUCAUCAGACGAACCAAAAUCACAAUAACAAUGACAGACAGACAAACCCAGACAGACAGACAAACCCAAAUCGCUACGACGAUCAGCAGGAAAACCGAAAUCGUCCCAACAAUCAACACUUUAAUAAUAAUUUCGGUUUUAACAGCAACAACAAUUUUAAUGGUCAAACAAUCGACGAUCGGAAUCAAUAUUACAAUCAAAAUGUCAACAAUCAAAACAAGCACACCCAUAACAGUAAUAAUCAAGUUUUAUUUAAUCAAGAUCAUUAUAAUGCUCCGAGUUAUGAUGCCCAGGAUCAUUACAGCAGCCAGGAUAACCAGUAUAACAAUCAGUACCAACAGGAUGUAAGACGUCCGGAGGUUAGUGAUAAUCGACAACACAUUAACAAUGUCUACGGAAAAGGCCCUCCAAGGACUGAGAAUUUUAAUUUCCAAAAUGACAGGAUACAUGCUGAAGAGAAUUAUCAAAACAAUCAAGGCUCAUACGUAACGCAACCACCUGAACACGAUCGUCCUAUAAACGAUUAUAACAAUCAAAAGACUGAUUAUAACAAUCAAUAUUCUGAUUAUAACAAUCAAAACGAUCGCGACGCUACACGAACAUCGGAUUACGGAAGUCAAAGCAACAGAUAUACCGAACAAAGGUCUGAUCACAGAAAUCAGGAAUACGUAAAGGAUAAUAAGAGAUUGAGAGAUAGCGAUCGACUUGAUUAUAACAGAGGGUAUAGUCGAGAGGAUUUUCGGAUUGCAAACUGGAAUUGAUUUGAUUACGUAUGUUUAAUUAGUAGGAGUGUAAUGUAGUGCUGCGUUUGCGCUUGUCGCCACCGUACUGACUAUAUUAACUGGUUUGGGGGAGGGGGGGUUGGUACUGGAAGUCGAAGCAGUUCGGUACCAGCUCGGCGGUUUUAUUCGUUUGAUGUUUCGCAAGGUGAAUGGCCUCUCGAAAUUUGACAAUGUAUUAACCAUUGAUGGUUCCAAGUACAUUGAUGCUAUGGUUUUUAUUUUUAUUUGUUGUGAAGUCCGGCACUAAUCUUGAAACAUAUAGCCUCAAUAGUAACUGUUGACUACCCUCUGUUUCGCGGUAGAAUCAGGCAGUAGGGGUAUUUAUCCACCCGUGUGGGCUCACAAGAAGCUUACUACCAGUUUUUUUUAUUACACGAUGUUAUUCCUUCACCGUGGAAGUCAAUCGUGAACAUCUGUUAAGUACGUAU